AUGGAAGUUGAAGAAUUCCUUAACCUCUUUGAUUUUCACUGGUUUCAAUCUCAAAUACUCAAACCCAAACACCCCUUUUCUACAACAACCCCAAUUCUUGAACCCAUCAAACAAAUUCUUGAAGAAACCCCAAAACUUUCAAGAACUCCAACUUUUAUGGUCAGAUCUCAGAGUGACCACUGUUUGAUCUCUAAAGAUUACACCUUUGAUAAUAUUUCAGAGAAAUCACAAUCCCCAUCUCCAAAAUCUGUUCUUGAAGCUAAACUUCAGCCAAUUCUGUCUGGAAAAGAAUACAAUGAGCUCAAAUUUUCCCCUGAAGCAGCUGUUAAAAACAGAGCAAAUGUAAGAAGCAGAAAGAAGCGAAGUAAAAAUAGUAAAAGUUUAUCAGAGCUAGAAUUUGAGGAGCUAAAAGGGUUUAUGGAUCUUGGAUUUGAGUUUUCAGAUAAGGAUAAAGAUUCAAAUUUGGUGUCAAUAAUUCCUGGAUUGAAGAGAUUAGGAAUGGAAAAUGAAAGGGGUUUUGAUGAAAAUGAUGAAAGUGGAGUUUCAAGACCUCAUCUUUCAGAAGCAUGGGGUGUUUGGGAAGAAAAGAAAAAAAUGGAGGAUUGGAAAAAGAAUGCAUUGAAAAGUUGGAAAAUUAAUUCUGAUUUUGGAAAUGAAAUGGAAAUUAAAGAUCAGUUGAAGUUUUGGGCUCAUACUGUUGCUUCUACUGUUAGAUAG